CCGGAAGUGCUCAUGAUUCCGCGGGUCUUUUGGGACAACACAGGUCCACACAGCACAGUGUGCAGAAAUGGCGGCGAUAAAUACCAUGGAGAAGAAACUGGCUGAAUACAAGUGCGACACCAAUGAAGCUUUAUCCUUGAAGCUGAUUCGCUUCCCAGAGGACGUCGAGGAUGACGGCACCACAUUCCACCCCGAGUACACCCACCAGAUAUUUGGAGACGAUGAGGUGGCUUUUGGAUACAAAGGUCUGCAGAUACAGCUCUUCUACACAGCUGGAAACCUGAGCACACUCUUCAAAGUGAAAUAUUCCUCAAAAGUCAGUGAAACAUUUGACUGUGUGGAGCCUGAUGAUAUUGAAGGAAAGAUCCGGGAAAUUAUCCCUGCUGGGUUCACCUGCAACACUGACGACUUCAUCUCACUGCUGGAGAAGGAGGCCAAUUUCAAGCCCUUCGGCACCCUGCUUCACACGUACACGGUCCACAGCGAGGAGGCGGGAGAGCUCACAUACCAGAUUCAUAAGGCUGACGUGACCUGCCCGGGAUUCCAAGAGUACCACGAACGCCUGCAGACCUUCCUCAUGUGGUUCAUAGAGACGGCGAGUUUCAUCGACACAGACGACGAUCGUUGGGACUUCUUUCUUGUAUUUGAAAAGUACAAUAAAGAUGGGGAGACUCUCUACGCAACUGUUGGCUACAUGACAGUUUAUAAUUACUAUGUGUACCCAGACAAAACCCGACCACGUGUAAGCCAAAUGCUGAUCCUGCCCCCGUUCCAAGGCGAGGGUCACGGCGCUCAGCUUCUGGAGGCAGUGCACAGAUUUUAUUGCAUUUUGCCCAAAGUGCAAGACAUCACAGCUGAAGACCCCUCUGAGAACUACGUGAAGCUGAGAGAUUAUGUGCUGGUCAAACUUUGUCAAGGCCUGCAAUCCUUUGCCACAGACAAACUACCCCUCGGCUUUUCAGCUGACAUGAUCACAGAGGCACAAGACAAGCUAAAAAUUAACAAGAAACAUGCAAGGCGAGUAUACGAAAUCCUGCGUCUGAGAGCAACAGACAUGAGUGAUGAAGAAAAAGCCAGAGAGUACCGUUUGGAGGUGAAGAAGAGGCUGUUUGGACCAUACAGGAAGAAUCAGAGGGAGCUGACGAAGAUGAGGAAGUGCCUGCGGCCGGAGGAGCUGGUGUCCCACAUGGGUCAGAUGGACACACAGAUGCAGCACGAGGAGCUGGAGAAGAGUUAUCAGGUUGUGAUUGAAGACUACAGGAGAAUCAUUGAGAGGCUUGGAGCUCAGGCCUGAUCAGACUCUAAGACUCUGCUUAGCCUGGAAGCCCACCCUCUCAACACACAGGUGGUCUGCCCGGUCUGUACAAAGCCCACAUAAACUACAGACUGUAACCAAGAAGAAACUCCUGAUGUAACAAAAUCACAGUUUUAAUUGAAGAGUGUUUAUAGUAGCUGAGUUGAGCAGAGCAGUGGUAGGUUGCAGUGGAAAAAGGCCUGUCUGUUUCCCAGCUGAUGUUGAUACAGUAGAGGAGGAGAGUAGCGCAGCUGGAGGGCGAGACUUCCUGUUUGUCCCAUGUGUUUAAUCACAGUGUGUGAGAUUCAGUGAUACGUCAUAAUUUACAGGUGAUAGGAGGUCCAAUAUCUUACAGAUGCUUCUUCUUCAUUGUAGACAUUUUUUCAAGAUUUUUUGUCAAACAAUUCCCGGUGUCUGUUUUGAAGCACUUCAUACGGAAAAUAAAAAAUGUUUUUGUAUAUUGCUCAAAUUGUGCGUUUGUUAUUGUAAAGAAAAUAAAACUGAGCAAUUCAUCA